GUGGAGCUUCCUAAAAACACAUUUAUAGAGGAAUUCCUCGCAGUUUCAACUCUCUUUUGCCUUCACUUUAGAUCGUUAGAGUUGCCAAAUUGAUAGGUUUGUUCCCGUUCCUUUGGAUAAACCAACUCAUUUAAGACACGAUGAGGACACAGAACUCGAAGCAGACCUCUCUGCUCAUAACUCUGGCGGGGCUUGGAUCGGCGGCAAUCCUCUCUAGAGGUAGCUCGUCAUUAUCCGUUAAAGUUCCCACAGGGUCAGCCGUGGAUGCUUCGGAUCCAAUUGAUCCCAGCUUCUGCGGCUUCGCCUUCGAGGAAGCGUCCUUCGUACGCUACGCCCAAGACGACAACGGCGAGCCCAAUGUCUUCUCCAGGAACCUCAUCAAAGCCGUCACUUCGCGUACUGGCGGGACCCCUAUCAUCCGGCUCGGCGGCACGUCUCCUGACUACGCGAGAUAUCUCCCUGGCCAAAAGGAACCCGCACUGCCUGUCGCCGAACAAGACAACUACCAGAACGUCGGAUUUACGACCAUCGGCCCUUCCUACUGGGACUUGACGCACAAUUUCCCGGGAGCCAAAUACAUGGUCCAAGUCCCGCUAGCGACAACAAAUGUCAGCGAGACAGUUGCUUGGGCCCAAUCCGCAGUGAACGGUAUCGGCCUAGAAAACAUCCACUCGAUCCAGCCCGGCAACGAGGCGGAUCUCUACGCCGAUAACUACCGCGGCGAGGGCGGCGUCGAGCUAAAUCCGCCGGAAUACCAAGGCACUCUUAGCAACGAGACGUAUGUCGGCAACUGGACCAAAUACGCCGAUGCCAUAUUGGCCGCUGUGAAGCUACCGAAAGGUCGCCUGUUCACGGCUUUCGACGUCGCGGCGCACGUCGGCGACUACGCAGAUGCGUAUGUGUUCGACGUAGAGACAUGCUUUAAGCUCGGAAUCGACAAGAAGAACAUUAUUAAAGAUGUCUCGCAUCACUACUACCAGCGCAACGCCGGUACAGCAAAGGACCUCGAAAGCGGCCUCAUGAACACCACCGUAACGCAUAACCACCUAAACCUAUUCAAGCGCCACAUCGCCUGGCUGAAGAAUAACCACCCCGAGAUCCCAUUCAUCCUCAACGAGGUCGGCAACUCGCUAUUCAGAACCAAUUCAUACGAGUUCCAAGCACGCCUCGGAAGCGCCCUGUGGCAAGUCGAUUUCUAUCUAUACAGCAUGGCCAUCGGCGUCGGACGCAUCAACUACCAGCAGAUAAUGCACGCGGGAUACGACCUAUGGCUGCCCGUCGCAAGCGCCGGCCACGAAGCCCAGGUGUUCUCGAACUUCUACUCGCAGCCCUUCGUCGCGGACUUCAUCGGGUCUUCCGGCAAGACGAGGGUCGCCAAGUUAGAUAUCGCAGGGGACAAUGCCCCCGCGAAUCUAGCCGCGUAUGGUGCGUACGAGGGCAAUGUGGCGAAAAGGAUCGCUGUUACGAAUCUGAAUUAUUGGAACAGGACGUCUUCGGGUGUCGAGAGGCCUAGUGUUAUUCUUGACCUGGAGGUCCCGAAGGGCGUCGAGGCGGUUAAGGUUUACCACUUGAAUAGUCCUUUGGGCGCGGGGGCUGCGGCGGAUACUAUUACGUAUGGGGGUAGCCAGUGGACGUAUGAGAGUCUUGGGGAAGAGGUUAAGGAUGUGAGGGAGGACACUGAGCAAGUAGCUGUUGAAAAUGGGGUUGCGAGGGUUACUGUCCAGAAUAGUGAGGCGGCCCUUGUUUGGUUGUAGGCUUAAUGGCUUUGGAUAUCUGGUAUUUAGGAGCUAAUAUGAGGGCUUUUAUAGCUGUUUAACGUAUGAAAUAAAAGUAUUAGAUCUUGAUUUCGUUUUUAAUUUAAGCGUAUAUCAUACCCGGACUGCAUGAAAAUUUGUUACUUAACAAUUAUAAGCCUCCCGGUAUU